GGCAAUAGUUGGGGGAAAAAGUUGGCCCUAUAAUUAUAGAAAUUAAAUUCAAAACAUAUCACUUCUACUUAUUGUUCGUGAUAUAGGGAAGAGUCUUUAAUUAAACGUUAAUGUGUAUACACUACCUAUCACGUAAGGUUGCAAAAAUCUGUAUGUUGCUGUGUGGUUUCAGUAAGCAGGAAUUCACUCCCCUCUUGUGGGUACUGGGUGGGUUGGGAGCUGCGGGCACAGGCAAGGAGUCGUGCCAGCAAAGUAGAUCCUGAUAGGGAAAUCCAGGUUGGUUAACCCAGAGGAUCUUAGAAGUCAAAGUUUUGGCUUAGGGGAAAGACUUCACAUGGGCAGGCAGUUUUACGGUGGUCAAGGUUUCCAGGUUUGUCUCUACUGUUUUCUGUCUUUGGUGCAAAAGAUUUUAUGUCCAUGUCCAUGAAGGAUAAAGGUUGUUGCAGUUUGUGUUGUAUGACUUGGUCUUUACCCUGGAACACAGGCCUGGAUGGGGGAGGAUCUAUUCGGUAUCACUGAACAACCCAGGCAGGGUUCAGCUGGCUUGGUAAGAAUGAAAAAUAAGGCACCGUGGGUGCCUGGAUCGAGCUUUGGUGCAAGAGUGCCCCUGUUCUGUAUCCACUCUUGUGUGGCUUGUAUCUGUAGGUAUGGGGAAGGGCUUGGGUUUCUCUGGACUUCUCAUAUCCCCUGAUGUGCGUUAAUGUGUUUGGGAGGGUGGAGAGUGGGAGAGAACAGUGGGAAGCAGAAAUAAAGAAGAAAAAAGAAAGGUUCUCCUACCUUAAAUAAUUUUUGGAGUUCCGAGAUACACAAGGUCUCAAGGCCUCUUUUUCCUCUCUCAGCUCUGGCUUCUCUGAACUCAGCUUCCCUAAUAGAGGAAACCUGAGGAAGACAGGUGGUUUGAAAACCAUGGCCCAGGUGCCAUUGACAUUCAGUGAUGUUGCCAUAGACUUUUCUCAGGAGGAGUGGGAAUGCCUAAAUUCUGAUCAGAGGGAUUUGUACAGAGAUGUGAUGUUGGAGAAUUAUACUAACUUGGUCUCACUGGACUUUGAUUUUACAACUGAGACCAACAAGUUAUCUUCAGAAAAAAGCAGUUAUGAAGUAAAUUCAUACCAUCGGGAGACAAUGAAAAGAAGUAAAACCUUCAACCUAAUGAGGUUUAUUUUCAGAAAUGACCCACAGUGCAGAAUUGAAUUUGGGAGAGAACAGGGACCCAACAUGGGAUGUUUUAGUCAAAUGACAUUUAUAAAACAUAGAUCUCUUCCUCUACAUCAGAGAAUUCACUCUAGAGAGAAAUCCUAUGAAUGUAAGGAAUGUAGGAGGGGCUUUAGAAAAAAAUCACACUUUACUGAACAUUUGAGAGACCACAAUGGUGUGAGACCAUAUGAAUGUAAAGAAUGUGGAAAGGCCUUUAUAGUUCUCCAGCAUUUUAUUAGCCAUAAAAAAAUGCACACUGAUUUGAAACCCUAUGGAUGUAAUGGAUGUGAGAAGGCCUUUAGGUUUUAUUCACAGCUUAUUCAACAUCAGAUAAUUCAUACUGGUGUAAAACCUUAUGAAUGUAAGCAAUGUGGGAAGUCUUUUAGACGUUAUUCUCACGUUACUGAACAUCAGAAAAUUCAUAUUGGUUUGAAACCCUAUGAAUGUAAUGAAUGUGGGGAAACUUUUAGAUUGUACCGACAUAUGUGCCUACAUCAGAAAAUGCAUCAUGGUGUGAAACCCUAUAUAUGCAAGGAAUGUGGGAAGGCUUUUGGUCAUCGCUCAAGUCUUUAUCAACAUAAGAAAAUUCAUUCUGGUGAGAAACCAUAUAAAUGUAAACAAUGUGGAAAGGCCUUUGUUCGCAGCUAUCUACUUAUUGAACAUCAGAGAAGUCAUACUGGCGAGAAGCCUCAUGAAUGUAAGGACUGUGGAAAGGCCUUUAGUAGGGGCUCAAGCCUUCUUAAACAUAAGAGAAUUCAUAGUAGUGAGAAGCUCUAUGAUUGUAAGGAAUGCGGGAAGGCCUUCUGUAGAGGCUCUCAACUUACACAACAUCAAAGAAUUCAUACUGGUGAGAAGCCACAUGAAUGCAAAGAAUGUGGGAAGACAUUUAAGCUUCAUUCAUACCUUAUUCAACAUCAGAUAAUUCAUACUAAUUUGAAACCACAUGAAUGUAAACAAUGUGGGAAAGCCUUCAGUCGUGUUGGAGACCUCAAAACACAUCAGUCAAUUCAUGCAGGGGAGAAACCAUAUGAAUGUAAGGAAUGUGGAAAAACCUUUAGACUUAAUUCUCAACUGAUUUAUCAUCAGACAGUUCAUACUGGUUUGAAACCAUAUGUAUGUAAAGAAUGUAAAAAGGCCUUUCGUUCUAUCUCAGGUCUUUCUCAACAUAAGAGAAUUCAUACUGGUGAAAAACCCUAUGAGUGUAAAGAAUGUGGUAAGGCCUUUAAUCGUAGUGAUCGUCUGACUCAGCAUCAGAGAAUUCAUACUGGUGUGAAACCACACAAAUGUAAGGACUGUGGAAAGGCCUUUACUCAAUGCUAUCAACUUACCCAACAUCAAAGAUUUCAUAGUGGUGAGAAACUCUUGAUGUAGUGAGAGUCAGAAAGCCUUUUAGCCAUGGCACAUCCUUUACCAUUAUCACUAUUCCACCACCUAAUGAUGUUAUGGUAAAGAUUAAGUUAUUUAACAUAAAAAUAUAAAUGCUUAGAAAGGCAUCUGGCACAUAGUGUUUGUUUACUAAGUAUUGUGGUUUUUAAAUGAUAAUCACUAGUAUUACUGUAUAUAAAUUCAUGUGGAAGGAGGACUCUAUAAGCAUAUUUUUUUCAGAUAAUUCAUUCUGGACAAAAUCCCAUAGACUAUAUUAAACAAGACCCUUUUUAUUCAAAGCUCAACCCCUUGAAGGUUAAUAAGAAGAAACCCUGUGCCUUUAUUGAAUAUUGAGAGUUUAGCUGUUGAAAAAUUAGAAAGUAGUUUGCAGAAACUUUUCUUACAAUAAAUUCUGUAAUACAGAUAACAUACAAUCCACGUUCCCUACAAUUGAAAUAAAUUAAAAACUAAUAAUUUGGUAGCCAAAGACAUACGUUGACUUGGAAAAGUUUUCCUCAAGUUUUUGAAAGUUUCCAAACUUACAUAAAAGGUACAGCAGUGUUACAAUGAUGUUUUUUGCCCUCCACCUAAAUUCAAUAUCUAAUAUUUCUCUCUCUAUGUAUGAACAUGUAUAUAUACAGAUGCACCAAUACCAUAUAUCAUUCUUAUUGCAUAUUGAAUGUAUUUUACAUAUAUCAUUUUGCUGUGUUUUUCAGUGAAUGUUUUAGAUAUCACUUCACCUCUAAAAAGUCAACAUACAAUUCUUAGAAUUAAGGAUAAUCUUCUAGAUGACCAUUAACCCACUGUUACCUAAAAAGACAUUAACAAUAACCCUAUAUUGUUUUACAAUAUUCAGCCCAUUUACAAAUUUCUCUGAUUGUUUAAUGAACAUCUUCUAAAAGUGCUGGAUUUUUAAAAAGUCAAAAACCAAACUAAGCUCAUAUAUGUUAUAUGACUGGCUUAUUGAGUCUGAUAAGAAUUGGUCAAGAAUUUACUCUCCACCUCCUUACCUUUUUUGAAGACUCAGAAGAAGUAACCUACAUAAUAUUGUUAAUUCCAUAUUUGUCCUUUUUCUCAAGGUGGGCUUAACUUUUCCUCUUUCCUUUGUAUUUAUUUUGAACUGAAGGUUAUGUCUAGAGGCUUGAUUAGGUUUCAGAUUACAUAUUUUUUACAAGACAACUUCAUAGGUAAUAGUGUACUUAAUAUUAUACAAUAUCAGUUGGCAUACCAGUGAAACUAUGUUUGGUCUCUUGGUUCAUGUAUUGAUCACCAUUUCUCUCCGUUGUACUGGUACAUUUUUUCUUUGCAAUUAGUAAUCCACGGAAAGUCACAUUGGCAUUCCACUUGAAAUUUAAAUUGGUUAUUAUUUUAAAGAAAUUAAGACCCCCCCCAAAACUCCUCAUAUUUUAUAUUUAUCCAUAUAUUUACUUUUCCCCAUGCUCUUCAUUAUUUCCAGUUACCAAUUCCCAAUGGUCUGAAUUUCCAUGUGGUAUCAUUUUCCUUCACCUUAAAGAACUUUAGCAUUUCUUAGAGUGCACAUCUGCCGGUGAUGAAUUUUCAGUUUCUUUUACUGAAUGCCUUUGUUCUUGAAGGGAGUAUUUUUCUUAAAAUAGACUUAUGGGUUUUAUUGUGUAUUUUGAAAAAGAUAUUGUAACGCUGACUUCUGGCCUCCAUAGAUUAUGAUGAGAAGUCAUUUGAAUUAUUUUCCUUCUGUGUCAUUUCUCUUUGCAUGUUUUCAAGAUUUUGUCAUUAUCUCUGUUUUUCAUCUGUUUGACUAUGCUGGUCUAGGUAUGGUUUUAUGUUAAUCCUGUUUGGAGUUCUCUGAGCCUCUGAAAUCUGUAUGCCUUUCCCCAAAUUCCAGAAACUUUUAUCCAUAUUCAGAUUUUUUUUUCUGCCCUGGCCUCUCCUUCUGGGAUUCCAAGUACUCAUGUUAAAUCUUUUGAUAUUAUUCCACAGGUCACUUGUUCUGUUUUCUUCAACUGUUUUUCUGUUUUUCAGAUUGGAUAAUUUCUAUUACUCUAUCUUCAAAUUCACUGAUUCUUUUUCCCAUCAUUUCAAUUAUGCUGUUAAGCUUAUCUAUCGAGUCUUAAAUUUGAGAUGUUGCACUUUUUAGUCCUAUAGUCCUCAUUUAGUGCUUUUUUUGCACUUUUUAGUCCUAUAGUCCUCAUUUAGUGCUUUUUUUAUAGCUUCUAUUUCCUUACUAAGAUUUCCUGUUUCUUAAUUGCAUAUUUUGACAAUGCUUUUGAUUCUGAAGAAAAUCUUUCAUAUAUCGAUUCAUGAUAGGAAAAUUAGUAAAAUUAGUAUUAACUUAUGAAAAGUGUCACUUUCAGGAAAUAUUCCUACCCUUUUAGCUAAGUCAUAAAAACAGUUUUUCCUUUCCUUGGAAUUUCAGAUUUUGUUUGUUCAAAUGCAGUGUGAUACUUGUGAGAAAGCAAAUCACACUGUCAUUUUGGGGGUCUUGAUUAUGAAAUAUUUGCCAAGUAUUUUUAAAUUUUUUUAAAUAUUUAUUUUUGAGAGAGAGAAAGAGCACAAGUGGGGAAGGGGCAGAGAGAGAGAGAGACUGAGAGAGCACAGAGCCCGACGAGGGGCUCAAAGUCACAAACCACAAGAUCAUGACCUGAGCCAAAGUCAGACACUUAACCGACUAAGCCACCCAGGCACCCCACCAAGUUUGUUUUUUUUUUUUAACGUUUCUAUUUAUUUUUGAGACAGAAAGAGACAGAGCAUGAACGGGGGAGGGGCAGAGAGAGAGGGAGACACAGAAUCGGAAGCAGGCUCCAGGCUCUGAGCCAUCAGCCCAGAGCCCGACGCGGGGCUCGAACUCGCGGACCGCGAGAUCCUGACCUGAGCUGAAGUCGGAUGCUUAACCGACUGAGCCACCCAGGCGCCCCAAGGUGUUUUUUUUUUUUUUUUUUUUUUUUUUA